AUGGAAGUCGGUUCGCGUGUAGUCCGUGGUCCGGACUGGAUGUGGGGAGACCAGGAUGGAGGAGAAGGAAAUGUUGGAACCGUGGUACAACAUGGACAAGAUAGAAACCUUCCCGAUGGAACUGUUUUAGUUCAUUGGGAUUCUGGAAGACAAGCUAAUUACCGCGCUGGACAUUCGGGAAAGUUUGAUCUUCGGAUUUUGGACUGUGCUCAAGCAGGCAAGUAAAUUAUUCACUUUCGAUUUGGCCACAAAUUUUUCUCUUAAGAACAAGAGUGUUCCAAUCUGUUUCACGCCACUUUCAAUUUUAACACGCGAUGAUGAGGUUAAGACUAUAAAUGUUUACGUUCUUUAUCACUGAAUCUUUUACCCUGACUCUGUUGGUGCCAAUUUGGAUUUUAUUAUUUCUUCCUAACAACGUAACGAUAAAAAAACUAACUAAAGACUGCAAAACUCAAAGAUUUUGGAUUCUAAACAGAAUUUGCAUAUUGACGAAGCUACAAUCGUGAAGCUGGUUGAAACGGGUUGAUGAACAUAGUCAAGUAGCUAUAACUAUUUUCUUAGUUGUAAUGUAAGGUUCUCGCUGCCCUUGUGAGCUCAGAAUUAGUACUAAUGAUGAAUUAGUACCAGUACUAGUAUCCCAUUGUAAAUUAAUUCAACAAUGAGUUUCUCCGUUCGAAGUCAAGUUCAUGCUGCGUAUAUGUUUUUGAAGUCAUGUAAACCAUGCAGUUUGUUGAUCGUUUUUAUCAAAGAGUUUAUAAGGAAUUGCCUGAGCUUAGUAAUACCUUUUCGAUAUGCAAUUAUAUUACAAGACGCUUGCAGAGGUUAUGGCUGAAGACACAAAAUACAGUACUUUACUACUGUCAAGAUAUUCCUGAGUAAGGAUCUUUUGCCUUUGCGGGCACAACAACAUGCAAGGCGGAAGUACACAUCCGGGAUUCAGCGACUCCGUGAUGUUUAUAGUAAUAAGUAAAAAAUUCAGGGAUCAACAAGAAUACGCAUUUUUCUUAUGAUAUAUUUCUUACCCAUAUAAAUUUGCAAUUUUUUUUCUGAAGCAUUUUCUCUUUUUGGCUUUUCCUCAUAUUAUUUGACCCUUAAUUUUGUGAUUAAUGGGACUUGUGUAGGACAGAUUGAUUACAUUAUUUUCACAAUUUAUGUGGUAUUUUAUGAAAGAGUAAGGUAAAAGUAAGACUGUGUAUAAGGCACACAUGUGCCCCAUGCCUAGGAAGUAACUAUUCUGAAAUGCCCUCUCGAUGCUGCCGUAGGUGUGAAGCACACUUUUGUCACAUGUGAUGGCUGUAAGCAGUCUCCUCUCGCUGGAACAAGGUGGAAAUGUGCAGACUGUCCAAACUAUGAUCUCUGUUCACCAUGCUUCAUGAAUGACGUUCAUAACAUGCAUCAUUCAUUCCUACGUUUUGACAUUUCGGGUGGAGAUGGGUAAGUAUAACGUACCUUAUGGGUUUAAUUUAGUCUCUUCUUUUCCCUCACCUUUGCUGGAAGGUUUAUUCUUGUUCCUUUAACACUUAAAAGGAACUGAUCCAGCGUACAACUACAUGUAACAGUUUUUAUCUACGAGUACAAGGAAAGGGUAUUCAUCAUCAUUAUCAUAUCCUUUAUUUAAACACAAUUGGAUUUAAAGCUCAAUGCCUGUAUGGUCAUGUAGAAAUAAUUACAAUAUAGUCAACUAUGAUAAUAAUAAGGAUUAAAUUACUUACAACAUACAACUACAAUUACAGUACGACUGGGAAAACCGUGAACACUUGAAAUAUCCCUGGAAUGUUUAUUGUGUUGUGACCAAUCACAGCAAAGAUCAGGACAUGUGAACUAGCCACAAAACCACAAACUUAUUAAUGUUCUUGAUUGUGGUUCAGUUUUCUUACAACACACUAACUUUCCAGAAAUAUUUCGGUGUUCAUAGUUUUCCUGGUUUGACUGUAAAACUGUAAAAAGUUACAAUAAGAUUCUUAAAAGACAAUAUGUAAAAAAUAAAAUGAAGAGUGUUGCUAUAUAAUGCAUAUUAAUAUGAAAUAAGUUUAGCACUUCAAUAAUUGAUCAUAAUUAUGAUGACUUGUUAUCAUGGAGGUACAGUCUAAGCACUAAAAAUAUAGAUAUGGAUCGGCUCACCAAAUACUGAGACUGUUAGAUGAUCCUAAAGCUUACGGGCUUCUAAAGUGCAUGUGCUGUAUUGACCACUUUGACGUUACACUUGAGACUCAGCCAGCGUUGGUGUUAUGCUGAAUUGUCCUACAUGGACAGUUUUGUGAGACGAAUUUAAUGAUACAGUUAACACCCUCCGAAAAAAUCAAGUGGAUUAGCCCUUUCACUGCCAGAGCUAGUGAAUGAUUGAGUCUUGUGAGGUACUGGUUCUCAACUUUUGAGUCUGUUGAUGAAAUCCUGUUAGAUGACUAUUCAAAUGAAACCUCUUCAGCAGUACUUUCAGUUGGUACUAUUUAUUUAGUUUGUAGUUCUUCUGAUACCUUUUGAAUUUCUUGAUGAAAUCCUGUGGUGUUACCAUUCAAAUGAAACCUCUUCAGCAGUAUUUUCACAUGGUACUAUUGAUUUAGUAUGUAGCUCUAUCUUAUGAGCCUGUGGGCGAAAUGAGGUGGUGUGAUCAUUCAAAUGAAAACCUCUUGGGCAGUACUUUCACAAGAUGCUAUUUGCAUUUUAAAAUGACUUUGGUCUCUUCUGGGAGUCGGUGAAAGGGCUAACAAACUCAGGCUGAAAUUUGAUGAAUUAAGCACCAUACAAAUAAGAACCAGUUCAGAGAGUGCUCUGGCUGGAUGUGAUGAUUCUGCUUUACUAACAAAAUUUGCUCGCUCUUUCAUUUACCCCUUUUUAAUGGCUCCAUGACUGUUUUUGAUUUUUUGGCGAUUUUUAUAGUCAUGAGGAUUUUUCCAGCGGUAUGCGCAGGUUUUCAAAUCGACCCUCAGCCCCAUCCCCCAAAUCAUUUCCACGUUGGUGAAUGAUUCAAUUUCCGUUUCUCAUCAGUGUGUAGGUUAUCACUGCUGAUGUGGGAAUUUAAGUAGAUAUUUUUUUUCUUCUUAGAAUCCCUGUUGGAAAACGUCCGAACUUCACUAAGCAACAAUCAAGAGGCCUUUUUCCGGGUGCCCGAGUAACGCGUGGGCGAGAUUGGAAAUGGGGAGACCAAGAUGGUGGAGGCGGUCAUGUUGGACAAUUAACAGAAAUAACUUCUUGGAAUGGAGUGGAGAGGGCAGGUGCCAAUGUUAUGUGGAGUCUGCUUAGCAGGAACACCUACAGAACAGGUCACAUGGGAGAGGUACGUUUUGGUAAAUUAAUGCCUUCGACUGGGUCUGGAAACGGUGAUCCUGAUUCUGCAUUCCGGAACCUUUUGGUUUUAUUUAUUUAUUUACCAUUUAGGUCUGUCGCUCGACACUCAGCAUUUUAGAACGCUCUAAAAAGGAAAAACAAGUGUCUGAAAUGGCGUUUUUAAACGCAAAAGUAAUGAUUAGAAGUGUUGAUAAAUGUUUGAAAUUGCAUUUUCAAAAGCAGCCAUUGAAUUGGACAAUGCUGUUUCCCUUGGGAGUUGAUUCCAUUUUGUAAUUGUCCUUGGGUAGAAAGAAUACUAGGGGUAAUCCCUAAUGGUUUUCGGCUUUUUCACGAGAAUUCCGAAUCCCAAACUUCUUUCGUCGCUAUCCCAAAUAUCAUUUUCUUUCUUUAUUCGCAGCCUUGCCUAAAUUUUGCCGAAUCUCGCUUUUGGUGGCGUGGUGACCAGAUGCCCCAGAUACAUGUAGCUGACUGGAAAUCAUAGAAACGCUAUGCCGUGUGUUCGAUACAGCUUCCUAAAUAAUGUGUAGUUCUCGAAGCAGGGCCGUAGCUAGGUUUUUUGUAACGGAGCGGGGCAUUAUCGCGAGCCGAAGGCACCAGGCUUGUAGCGGGGUCUGAGGUUGCGAAAUGCUAUUUUCAGCACUUGUCAUGAGAUAUGUCUCCGAAAAAUCGACCUCGAAUAUUCAAGUCACUCUAAUCAAAAUAACUGAGUCUAAAGAAAACAAAUCCAUCCGAAGACUUGAUGUGUCUAGCUCAACAGGUCGGGGGGGAGGGAGGGAGGGGCAGCAGCCUUCCUUGCUCCCCUGCUAGCUACGGCUCUGCGGAGGAUUUCUAAUCUGAUUAGUUUGCGCAAAAUUUUGAGACCCGAUUUCGCAUUCUCAGGUACUCUCCGGCUCUUCACAGUAUACGUAGUGAUUUCCUAUGUUUCAGUCUUAAAGCGUGUUUUGUAAGGUUGAGAAAUAAUGAUAAGCUGCUCUGUUGACAUCUACACUGAAUGCUCUCCGCAGAAUCGCGGUAUUUUUGUUAAGUAUUUUUUUUGAGUAUCCCCCUCGAGCCACUCUUUAACAUUUAGCGGAAACUUUCCGGCUGAUUUGGAACGUUGGUACUUGGACAUACUUUAGAAACAUUUCGUUAUAUACGUUUUCUUAAAUGUUUACUGUGUUUGUUAUUUUCUAAGGUGGACCUUAAAUGCUCAUCCUCUGCGAUUGGGCCGCCAUACUAUCGUGAAUGUUUGGCAAAAUUCGGAGAAAAUAGACGGCGACUCGAUUCAAGUCGAUUGCGUGUCGGAGAUCGGGUAUCUGUGUGUCUGGAUGCUGAGGUGUUGAGAGCGAUGUCUGCUGGUCAUGAUGGCUGGGUUGAUGACAUGGCUAAAGUAAGAGUCACGAUUUAGUUAAGAAAACAGGUAGCCUUCCUCGUAGGUGUUUUUAGUGAGUGGAGCUACGAGUUCCCCUAAAAACGCCUGCGUGGGAGGCCAGAAAACAGGGGAUCAGAAAACUGUACCGUGAAUGUUACUUUGUGAACUGUAAUAGGGUUAGAAUUGAAAUACUUGAAUGUAGGUUUUUACAUCUUGUCCGGCCUUAAUCUACGUCCACACGGCAAUAGACGAUAAUUUUCGACUGGUUUAAAAUUUGUGCGUUUAGGGGUUCCGUUCACACGGACAAAAAAUUUAUACGCUUAGCCGUUCAACCUGGCUCGUUAGGCCCGUGUGAACAGAGCGGAAAUAUUGAACGAUUCCGUGUGAGCGAUGUGUCCGCUCCGCCGGUUGAAAACGCGUCCUUUGUCGUGUGAAGUUAGCUUUGCGGUCUGAUAGUGAAACUGGAACACGAAAAUAGCAGUAUAACUCGAAUUUUUGAGUCUAGGUACAAAAUCUUAAAUUUUGACCAAUGAAAUGAAAGCUACUGAGCAGUACUUUCCGCCGGUACUGUUUAUUAUGCUGUACAAGGUGGUUCUAACUUUUGAGUCUGAAUUAUCUCCUAACGCGUGACCAUUCAAACGAACUGAGCUACCGAGAAGUACUUCCCUGUGGCACUGUUAAUUGAAAUGUGAUAUAUACUAAAUGCUGUACAAGAUGAUUCUAACUAUUGAUUCUGUGGUUCAUGCUGUACAUAGGAAAACGUUUUAACCAGCUUUCUCAUCUUUGUAGUGCAUAGGCAAAGUUGGCAAAAUAUCUAAAAUUGACGCUGAUGGUGAUGUUCACGUUAGCUAUGGACUACAAAGUUGGGUUUUCCAUCCACAAGCCGUAACUAAGGUAUGUAUCGAAUGUCCGUUAUCUCGCCUAUUGCCGUGAUGGUUAUCUUGCUCUCACUUGAGUGCAGACUUUCUGUUGCUAAGAAUCAAAAGAACGCUCGAUUUCCUCGGCGUCUUUCUGAUCUGGUCUUUGAUCCUCUCCCGACCCCUUUGGUUGAGUAACGAACACAUCUUGACCUCUAACUGGCUUUUCCAGUGCCUGUCUCUGAUCUUAAAAAUUUUAGAGUUUAACUGAGGAUUCUAAAACUCGAUCGAAAGACAACUGGGGGGACCUCUCUAUUCUGAUAUGAUCAAAUUAUGCGAAAAUCGUUGCCAGACGAGAGACUCUGCGGGCGGUACCUAUGUAGCCUGAUUGGCUGAAACCCGUAAAGUAAAUCAUGCUCUUCCAGCCGCUCUUUCUGGAGGAUGUGUGCGGGCUCAUUUUCCUGAACAGCGGCUGGUAAUCGAGCCCAAAUCAAGAGGUUGAACGCCAGUGUGAUCAGGACGUCUAUUGUGCGAAUACGCUUUUGGUUUUUCCCCUCCACAGGUGCCCAGUUUUCAGGCAGGAGAUAAAGUCCGAAUUUUAAGCGACAAACAACUUGUACAAAAUCUACAACAGGGCCAUGGUGGUUGGAAUGAGAAAAUGACAACGGUGAGUCUUGGGUCUUACGGCGGCUAUGAUACAUCACUCUUUUUUUGUUACUCAAUUAUGUCAAGGCAAGGUUCUUCCUUCAACCUUGCAGCCUAAUACGCGAAACGUGCAAAUAAUAGAACCGAAAGAUAACUUUAAAUUUAGGCCCGCGGAAGAACCUAAACUCACGAUAUGACAUCCGAAACAAAUCUACCGUUGGUAGACCGACUGAGCUACGUGGCCAGACGGGAUCAUGUCGCGGGUGAUUGAGAUGGUAAGUCUCGCCCAAGAACAAGAGUGAAGGCUUAGGAUACAUUAAAAUAUUGUGCCGGAGAGCAACAUACCAAACGGGUAGUUAGUUUGUGUGCUCUUGGAGGUAGAGUUUUCAGUUUUGUCGAGGGUAUUUGUCAUUUGUCUCCGAUCACCUCAAGUCACACGACAUUGGCAUUUGUUGUGUGUUAAGUGAACGUACCUUACAGGACAGCAGAUAAAAAGCGGAAAAGGCAGCUUAAACCUCUAACGUAAAUCACGCACCGGUAACAUGGAACACUGAGUACAAUUCGCUGAUGGCGUUGUUGCUUUUUCUAACAUCUUUUGUUUACGCUGAAAAAGGAUAUCAGAAUUGUACUUUAUUUGCUAAGUUUCAAGUUCUGAAUUGUAGACCUUUUCCCACAAAAAAAUUAUGGCACAUGGGUGCUCGUCUUUAAAAUAACAAUCAGAACCAUAUGCUGACUAAGUUUCGUAACUUACUAGGCUUUAGGAAAAGAGGGAAGGAUCUUAGAAGUGGAUUCUGAUGGCGAUGCUGUGGUUUUGGUUGAUUCGGAUUUGUGGUUGUUGAACCCAGCUGCAUUAGAAGAUAUGUCGGAAGGCGGUGAAGCUACAUCAAGACGAGGCGAUACUUCUCCCAGUAGUCCAGGUAACUACGUGACAACUGAACUCUUCUGGUUCAGUUUGUAUAAACGCAACUUCAGUCCCUACAGCUAAUGUCUCAUGUCUAGCACUGUCAGUCUCUUUACGUAACCACUAGAUGACGUUUCAUUUUAUGUGAUUGGCCCCUGUGCUACUUUGGGACCAAAUUUUGAACGAGGAUUAACAAUGUCGUGCAACACUGACGGGAUGUUAUCUCCUGGAAUGUUUGCAAACAUGCUAUCUCCGCUCCAUCCUCGGAGACCCAGGGGCAGAUAGUGGGGGCGAGGGAAACUCUAAACGGGCGGAAAAAUUUGGCACGAAGAAAAGUAAAGAACGGCGAGAAAAGCCCCUGGGGACAAUGUCUUACCAGACCAGUUUCAAACGGUCGCCGCCGUUCUGCCUUCUGAUUGGGCAGAAAAACACAAAAAAGUUUUCUGGCCCCAAUCAGAAGUCAGGACGGCGGCGACCGUUUGGAACUGGUCUGGUAAGACAUUGUCCCCAGCGGCUUUUCUCGCCGGUCUUUACUUUCCUUCGUGCCAAAUUUUUCCGCCCGUUUAGACUUUCCCUCGCCCCCACUAUCUGCCCCUAGGUUUCCGAGGAUGUCCCCGCUCUACCCUUAACUUGUUUAGGCGAGUUGUGCCUUUCCGAUAUAUCAGUCUAUGUCAAUCUGCAACAAUGCGAUCACUGUUUAUCUUAACCUGGCUGCGUAAUUGACUACUCUGAGUGAUUACUGUGAACCUCCUUCCACAGUUGACCGAGCAACGGAUCUCUUAAGGAUGCUUCUUCUUGAAGCUGUUACAUCCAAAGGAGGCAGUGUCGAUCCGGGAGACAGAUUGGUAAAUGCUUCAUCCAAUGGUAACCUUCAGGAGGUCCGUGAAAUUCUUGAAGCACAUCCUGGCAAGGUAUUCUUCUGCGUCUAACAGGGAGCUUAAGCAACGACGACGGUGACGGCAACGAGAACAGCAAAAAAGCAAUAGGUUUAGAUCGGCAAAACAACAACUUUGCUCGUGCAUCACGCUUUUUUGUAUAUUUCUUAACCGUCGUCGCACGACUACAACGUGAAAGUGUCUAAAAUGACGUUUUGUCGACCACGGGAACACAGGACAAAAAGUUUCUUAUUCUUUUCCAGAACUUUGAUACAGUCCUUUAGAAUUCAACGCCAAAAAAAUUUGCCAACAUUUGACGAAUUAAACAAGAUGGAAUAAGCGCGAUAAAGUUUGAGGCAGCGCGAAUUCACUUUUAAAGUGACGUUUUCAUCGCCGUCGCCGUCGCCGUCGUUGAUGCUUAAAAAAUUACUCCACUUCCUUUACAGCGGUUUUCAAUCAAAAUUGGAUCUAGCCAAUUAAAGUAGACUCGGUCAUUCAUUGAGCCAAUCAAAACUCAAAGCAGAUUCUUGAAGCCGCUGAAUUCGCGGGAAAAAGUGUGUAGGCAAGUUGCGAACGGCUUGAUUCAUUUCUGAUUGGUCAAGAACAAGUAAAAAUGCAAAAACAACUCAGUCUCGAUAUAUAUAUUUUUUUUAAUAGGUAAUAAAAAGGUACCUUUCAGUUACCUACCCUUAAAAUUACCAUAUGGCACUAUUGAUUAAUCACAGUUAACUGGCAGAUAUUGACAAGAAGUGAUUAGUCGAUUUUCAUCACAUUAUAUGUUAUUAUUUACUUUUAUCCAUAUUUUGUUCGUGUUUUUUAGAUCGAUCAUAAAAGAGGAGGGAAGACAGCUCUUCAUGUGGCCUGUCAUCAAGGACGGAAAGAAAUUGUACAGUACCUUUUAGGUAAAGGUGCUGACAAGGACAUCAAGGUUUGUAUGUUUGCAGUGGUUUUGUUCAUUUGUCUCCAGUCCUGUGUAAAUUCGACUAAUUGCGCCCCCGUUCAGGUGAAUUCUCUUGACAUUUGCUAAGAUAAAUGAAAUUUUAUCGAACUGUCGUCUUCAUCCUGUCUCAUCGGGGCCAUGGUCUUGGAAAAAAAGUAAGUGUUUUGCUAUUGAAAGGUUUAUCAUCAUAAUCAUUAUCAAUAUCAUUUUUAUUACCACUUUCGUUAUCUUUAUUAUUAUUAUUAUUAUUAUUAUUAUUAUUAUUAUUAUUAUUAUUAUUAUUGCUGUAAACCGGCCCUGACUAUUUUAGUUAUCUUACAUUUUUUGUGGAUUAUUAGGAUGAACAAGAUUACUCUGCGUUGCACCAUGCCGCUUAUGGGUGAGUUAAAAAAAGCGUUUCUUAUAAUGCGACGUGCCUACAGUAAGCCUACGAAAAGAAAUCGUAAGGUGCAUUUUAAGUUCUACAUGAGUGAUAAUUAAUUUUACGAUUUUCGCACAUCCUAUAAAUCUCAAAAGUUUUCAUGAUGUUUUAUGGUUUUUCCUGUCUAAAAAUGUGUGUGUUUCCGGUAACAAUUUUUAUCCUGCACCUUUUGGUUAGAAAACUUUAAAUGUGGUGCUUCUUUUCGCGCUCGAUCGAGCUCGUAAGAGGGCUUUGAGGUCAGAAGACUUCGUCAUUUAGGGGCAAACUCAUCUCCGGCUGGUUGGGAGAACUUGUAUUGUGUGUGUUGUCGUAUUCAUGGUUUGCAACCACGUGACAAGGCGGCCAUGUGGGUGGUGUGUUGGUGGUCAAUACAAUGGAAUUUUUUCUCGAAGAAUUUACACGAAAAUAGUUCCCACAGGAGAGAAAUGCUUUUGUUCUGACCACCAAUAUGGGAGAUCUAGGGGAAUGGGAGUCAGUCUCCUGUUUUAACUCCUCUUCUCCCCCUCCCCCUCCCCCAGAAACGCCUGAUACGCAGAAUCACCUAAUACUCCGGCUAAAAGGGCAGAGACUUUUGGCCUAGCUUUCCUAAGUUUUUAGUAGAGCGUACCUUAUUACACGUGCCGUUAAGUUUCUUGAGAACAAAAUCGGUAAGACGACUUUGGAAUUGAGACACUUUUUUUAAGAUGCUUCCCUUUUUUUUCAUAGUGAUCGCAGUGGAGAAACAGUGACUGCGAUGUUAAACACAGGUACAAAUGUAAAUGUCUCCGAUAACAAGAACAAUAGUACGCCGCUUCACUUAGCUGUCAAUCAAGGUAAUGACGCUGGGGUGAGGUCACUGCUGGCGUCAAGGCAUUGCGACGUUAACUGUCAGGUGAAGAUUGUUUUUGCUAAUAAGAAGCUUUCAGCCGGGGAAACCCCACCCCCCCUCCACUGAGAAUUCUUAGUGAGGGUGUGCCGCCCGGUUCUCCAAAUCCUGACCCUCUGUCAGACCAAAAAAAUGUCAUUUUCCAUACCCUUUCUGAGACCAGGCCCUAGUUGUUCCAAAGCUGGAUAACGCUAUCCAAGCAAGCAAGUGAAGUCAAGAUUAGAACGUGAAGGAAAAGAUUUCUUAAAAUCCAUUUCCAAUUCUCUUAUUAAUUCAUACACUCCCGUAGUUCCUUUGGAAACCAUACCUGAUAUCAGACAGAAAUGGGCCAAGUCUACAAGCCUUUUUUAGACCGAAAGGGAGCAAAAACCCUACCCUUUAGGGCAGCACAUACCUCCAUGGCUUAUAUAAGGGAGUACCCCCCGGGGGCCUUCAGAUACACCGCCGUUUCUGGUGCACGAGUACGCUUAAAGGUGCCCGCACCCAUACACGCAAACCUCUUUUCCCAGAGAACGGCUGAGCGGCCGGGUAUAGCGAGUGUAGUCCCUUUUAUACUAAUAGAUGGCAAACGUACACCUUUACCCGUAUACGUACCCGUUAGCAGAAACGGUAAUCUUAAUCCUUCGCAACCGGUGUUUGGGAUGUCACGCUUCAAAAAAUGGCGUACAUUUAAAAAAUGGCUGUGACCCUCCUUAGGGGUUAAGGGAGAGGAGACUUUAGAAUGCAAAGGGGGAACGGGGAAGGGGGCAGAUAGAAAGGAUCUCCCUUCGCUGUCUUCCCUUUUCGCUUCUCUAACUUUCUCUCUUCCCCCUCUCCCCAGAAACGCUCCAUAUUCAGGCUAUGGCUACGAAGAAGACUGUAGAGGUCACUAGAACUGCGGGAUCAUCUGUACACUUAUUCUUCAUCUCGCAGUUCUUAUUUGUGAUAUUCAUAUAAUUGUCAAGUGUCAUAGAGUCCCUCUGAACUUAAAAUCUCUUUGUUCAAAAUGUGACUAAUUGUGAAUGUUUUAAGCCCACUAUACCCUGGGCGCCAGAGACUUCUUUUGUGCGGUUAUCGGUGUCUGUCACGUCUUUAUACUGUUCCGCUCGUUUUUCUCACGGCUUCGCCGCUCGUGGCUUGUGUCUUCGGCCAACACCGAGGAUUCCCGCCACACGCGAGAAAAAAAAAAACCCUAGUACUCAGGGUAGCCCACAUAAGCCCGCAUAGGAUUAAUGAAUUUGAAUUUAAGUAACUUUCUUGAAAUCGUUCUUUCCAGGAUUUAGCAGGGGAUACGCCGUUACACGAUGCGAUCUCCAAAGAAAAAAACGCAAUCGUGGAGCUUAUCCUUCGCUCGGAGCGCCUUGAGAUUUUUGUGUGCAAUGGCAGGGGUUUUAACCCUCUUCAUCAAGCCUGCAUGAAAGGAAACUUACAGUAAGUAAUAUUGAGGGACUGUGUCGGUCAAUAGUAAGUUCGAGACAAUCACCUUCCUCUUUAAGCUCGCGUGUUCCUUCGGUUUGUUCGACUGGAGUCCCAUACCCCAGGCAAAACUGCAAACCCUUCAACUCUGGGUGUGUUUCUACGUAGAUAAUUUGUACCUUCAAAUUAACAUUGUUUUCAACAUUAGUUUUUUCCUAAACGAGAGUUUUUCCUUUUUGAAUGCGGUUUUUUACUUUGCCACUGGAUAAUGACAGGUCGCUCAUUAAUACUUUUAUCAAACCGUUUUUAGGUUUUUUCCGCGGAAAAUGAGGGUGACUUUUACUAUUUUACUAAUAACAAACAAAUAAAAAUUAAGAGAUUCUUGAAAUUUGGGGAAAAUCGUGCAACACUUUCAUAUAUUUUUGGAAAAAGCCAUUCGCUCUCCCAUCUCGCCCGGCUAACAUUUGACGUAAAGAUUAUUGGUUCAGAUGUACUCAUCUUUGCCUUCCUUUGUUAUUCUACCCGGUGGACAGCUUAAGACGACUUUUAACUUUAAUUAUCUCCUUAUCGGUUGCAGUGCUGUACAGAAAAUCAUAGACAAGUAUCCUGGUCUUGUUGAGAUACCAAAAGAAGGUGGAUUUACCGCUUUGCAUCUAGCCGCGUUCAACAAUCAUCUUGACAUUGCGAGGUGUCUUCUGUUGUCGGUAUGUGAGCUAAAUAUCCUUGAGGAAUGCGAUACAUGCGCCGCCCAGUGAUCAGCAAUUUUGACCAUUUAAAGCAUGCCCUUGCAGAACUCUUGUUUAAAACACUUUUGAUAGGAAGUGCAAAACAAUGAGAAAAAGCGAGAACCUAACUUGAAUUAUAGAGAGAAGCCUGAAGUAACGUUACCGUGGUAGCAAAAUUUCUGGAUCUCAACACUCUUUCUUGACAGAGACGGCCAUUUCCAUUGUCGAACGAUGGAAGAAAAGUAUGGGCUACCGUUUUGUGACUGAGUGUAAUCAGUGACACAGGAAGUCAUACGUUUCAUUUUUUGUUUGUUUUUUUUUCUGCCAUAUUUGCAGGACCAAAAAUUUUGCGACCAUGGUAACGUUGCGUAUAACGACUUUUCCGCUCUAUUGGCCCUCUUGUCAAAUUGAUGCAAGUAUGGUAAAAUUGCUGUUCGUGUGGAGACCAACGUAAAGUUUCCAGAGAGAAAAAGAAACCAAAACCUUAUCACAAGGUAUCCUGCCCGUGCAAUAAUGGCAGAAUUAUAACCCGCACGAUAAUAAUUUGAAUUUAGUAAAUGCCACGUAAUGACCUAUGAGCCAAUCACUGUUGGCAAUGAAAAAAGAACUUGCUUGUUAAUCCAAGGAUUGUCGUUAAGUGUCGAGUUUAAAGAUCACUUACUAUUUGCGGAAUAAAGAUGAACGGCGUUUUACAAAGAAUUUCAGUAGGAAAAAAUACAUUAUAGAGGCGCACGAGACAAGAAAUUUGAAGGAGUGCAGGUGGGUACCGGCGAUGUAUUGGUGAGGUAAAGUCCAGACUAACAUUCAAUGAAUCAUAAAGGAGGGGCUACAAUAAUUAAUAAUAAUUAUAAUAUUAGGUAUAAAGAAAGACUAAACCUAUUAUGGCGUGCAGGGGUUGAGGGUUACUGGGUGGAUUUCCACUGUCGCGUAAUUUUUACGUGCCUUAGCACUUAAAUUUUCUGACUUGCGUAAACAGUAUAUGGGCAAUGUAUGGAAGACCGCGCGUAAACGUUUAAGUUGCGCGAGGUUCAACGUUCCAUACAUUAUACUUCAUUUACGCUCGUAAAUUUUAUGCCCACACAUAAAAAUCACGUAAUUCUUCUGUACGUGCGCGUAAAUAAAAUAAAGUGAAUGUAUAGAAAGUCACGCGUAUAUGUAAAACUUGAUCCUCGUGGCCUUUCAUAAAUUACCUCUAAUUCUUUUACGCACGUUAAGUUUACGUGUAAAAUUUAAUUAAGGGACAGUGGAAAUCCACUCAGAGGGAGUAAUCUAGGCCCUUAGCGUACCUUUUUACGUGGUUGAUAAGUGGCCUCUCACGCAGAUUUGUUUGUAACCUCAGGGCCAUUGUGAUAUCAAUUUACGAAACAACAAGAGACAAACAGCCCUGGCGCUAGCUGCGUCAGAAGCUUAUACAGGUGUGAUAGAACUGCUUGUUGAACAUGGUGCAGAUGUCAAUGCUGAUGAUGAGGAUGGUGACACUCCAUUACAUCUUGCUGUUAUUCAUCAGGCUGCGGGUACCACUGGCUUGAGAGGGGUGAGUGUACUUGCAUGCUUCACAUAAAGCUUGGAUGACGAAGUUUGCUUCGCAGACCGGUAAUUCUUUACCACAUUUAGUUUAGUCUCUGGCGGAGGCUAGGAUGACAUAAAAGGUAAAGCUCAUUUUACCCCCCCCCAUCAAUGCUCCGUUUUAAUGGUAUUUAGAGCUAGUCAAAGCUACAAAGAAAGGAGAGAAGUUGAAACAAGGAUGUGAUGUCUCCGUAGAUGGAACAUAGAUCGCUCAAAAUCAAAAUUAUCGAAAAAUCCCAAUUUUUUUUGUACCAAUCUAAAAGAAAAAAAGUAUUGUGUGAAAGUACGGAAAAAGGAGGUUUCAUUUGUAUGGUCACUCUUUAGAAUUUCAUCCACGCACCCAAAAGUUAGAACCAUCGCGUACAGUAUAAUAAACAGUGACAGAGGACAAUAGAGCGAUUUUCGUAUGACCUUGAAAUGAAAACGCGCGAACAAAACAGAAACAAUAAACGAACGAAAAUAGAGCGAUUUAAUUGGUUUGUCGUACGGAUACAAACGCGGGUGGCUUUUGGUUGGUUAAGCGAACGCUCGGAUGAAAAAACUUAAGAACUUUCUAGAAAUCAAUCGAUACUUCGCUUUGACGUCAUACUGCGACACGAUAGACCAAUCGAACGAUGCCUUCUCCAUAUUAGGGUUUUCUUUGGCGGGAAAACGAGGAGUACGUGUUUUGAUCUUUUCAUCCAUUGGCUGAUAAAACAAAUAACGAACACUUACCGAAACCAUUUUUCAAGGUCAUACGAAAAUCGCUCUACUUCUUAGUAGCUUUAGUUUAAAAGGUCACAAUUUAGGAUUUCAUCCACAGACUUCAAAGAUAGAAUCGCCCUGUACAGAGUAAUAAACAGCACCACGAUUAAUAAACACAAGUAAUAAACGCUGUAGGAUUUCAUCCAUAGACCUAAAAGUUAGAACCACGUUGUACAGCUAACAUAUUAACUUCCGAAAGGGUCACACUUCAAUAACGUACAGAAACUUUAAAGCUUUCAAUCGUGCCAAAUUUCGAAACGAUAUCUGCAAUGUGAACUGGGAAUUUUUGGCUCCAGCUCUUGAUCCCAACCAAAUGUGGACAGAGUGGAAAACCAAAUUUUUAGUGUUGUUUGGGGUAACUGUGCCAAAACAUUAUCUGACAAAUUACAGAGACUUUAAAAUCGUGCUGUCCGCGUCCUUACCCAUUCUAGUUAUAUAUGAUGCUGACGCCAACCAACUAUUUAAAGAAUUAGGCUGGGACAAUUUAGGAACUCGACGUCAAAGACUAAAGGCUGAGAUGGUCUAUAAAUCCUUAAACGGCCUCGCAUCAACGGAGUGAAGUGAUUACUUCUUACAAUUUGCGCGAUUCUGAUAAUAAGCUUGCAAUACCAUUGCCACGUACUAGCCAUUACAAAAAUAGCUUUGCCCAUAGUGGUGCAGUCCUCUGGAACAGUCUAUGCCAUUGCUGGCUGCCUUAACUCACAGGGUAGCCUCAGCUGCUAGGCAAGCAACAUCUCUGACCAAUUUCCGACGAUUCUUAAUUAACUCCGACACGGCAUUCAUGUAAAACAGGCUUUAAUUUAGUUUACUUUUCUUUAAUAGUUAGCAAUAUUUUAAAUUAUAGAGGAUUAAUCUGUAUACAUAGUUUCGUAUUUAAGUUGUGGCUUUAUAUCAAAUUGUUAAUGCCUGAUGUAUUUACCGUGUUUUUAAAUAAAGAUGAUGAUGAUGAUGAUGAUGAUGAUGAUGAUGAUGAUGAAAAAAAAAAGAACUGCUCAGUAGCUUUCAUAUGAAUGGUCACACUUUAGGAUUCAUGAUCAUAAACAGACUCAAAAUUUAUCUAAAAUUUCUAACCACUUCUUCCAGUUUAAUAAACAGUACCAGCUCUAAAUUUCCAUUUUUCGGCCUAAAAACAGAAAGGCUCUGGAUAAUGUUGUAAAAUCGCUGUAAGGAAGGAAAUUGGCAAUCAACCAAGGCAAUAUGUGUCUGGUUUAAAAUGCAGUUUUAUUUUUUUAAAAAUUCUUGUAUUGGCAUUGAAAGGUUCCCUUUAUGGCGCCUAUUAAAAUUUGUUUCAAGUCAUUUUAAUUUACGCAUGAGCCUAUUUUCAGUUUAAGUAAGGUUUUCUUUUUUUGGCACUGACCACUUCUUAAUAUCCCGUAAAGUCUCUCGUCUGCUAGGACAUGUAUGUGUAUAACGUCAUCACGCCAUGGUAUAUUUUAAGCAAUUGUUACUUCAUCUCUGUCACAGUACAUGAAAUAAGCAAAGGCCGUGCAACCUCCCCGAUUAGCCACUCUUGGGUCUAAAACGAUGGCCCCCCCAUUACCCAAGAUGGUAGCUUGUGUUGUUCCGGGGGUUAUGGCUCCAGAUACCUAGCUGAUCUAGACGAUACCAGCGAAAAUCGACACCGAAAGAAGAAGGAAAACAAUUUAGUUUCUUAAAAAAUUGUGUUUAUUGUCUCGACGAGACUCUAUGUUUUAGACGACACCUGAGUGUCGUGUUAAGUUUCUAAGAAAAAACUCCGCCUAUCGAAUAUUUUUUCAAACUCAUUAGGGGAGGAGAGGGGGCUGGGGGCUGGGGUUCUCUUCCGUGAAGAGAAAUAUACGGUGCGGUUGCCCGUAAGGGUUAUACUUGCUGUGAUAUUUUUCAUAUCUCGAAUUAUACCAUUACGGGCAACCGUAGAAAUAUACAUUUUCGAAAGCAAGUGAUUUUUUCAAACAGAGAAAAGAAGUUUUUAUCGCACAAAACUGAUUCGAAAACGCGUUAGUCUGUAUACAGCCGCCGUCACCUCAAACAAAAUCGGGGCGAUUUUGUUUGAGAGGGGCGGGGGAUGCUGUACACAGGCUAAAAUCGCUUUUUUUUCGCACAAGCGUCAAACUGAGCAACUGAAAGAAAGCUUUUACAAAAAAUGGUUUGAUACGGUUCAGGCUCUCCGUGCAUCUGAAAUCCAACACUACGACUAAGCAACAAACAAGUUCGUGUAUCCCCGGGAACGCCAGUAUUACACAUAAACUUACCACUGAAAACGCUGAACGAACUGAUACUGGCACUUGGCCCCACUCUCCCUCCCCGGCUGUGUUUAUGUAUAGGUGGCUUUGUUAUUGGCGUAGUUGUAGCAGUUGCUGCUUAACUGAUCGGAGCGGCAAGAAUGCCGUUCCAAGGGUAGGAAGUACUCUCAUAUGCGUAGCGGUUUCGUCUACCGUUAACGGAAAUCGGUUUCUUUGGGAGUAAGUUUUGUAUAUCGUUGUUUUAGUGUCACGACGACAACGAUAGGUCACCAAUAACUCAAACGGUGUUGCCCCUAUAGAUAUUUGAUUUAAUUUUCUGACUGUUAGUUUUUUUUGUAUUCUUUCUCACCGAUUCAGCUGUUGCAAGGUUUAGGACUUAAUCUCCCAGCGGGGGCUGAGACAGAUCAGCACACGGGCUCAGCGAUAGCAGUUUAUUUGGUUCUUCAUGGUGCCAACGUCAGCCUCUGCAACCACGAGGGAAAAACUCCAUUGGACCUUUGUCAAGAUACCCAGACUGCUGCCUGGAUUCAGCAAUAUGCAAGAAAUACACCGAGGUGGGGAAAUUCAUAUUUACUCUAUGUUCACUGCCUACAUCAGCUCUUCUCUGAUACCGGGUAGGGCUUCUGUUGUCACAUGAGAACGGUGACUUCGGUGCAAAUACCUUAACGGAGCCAGGCUGCGCCGUGUUGGUCUGUUGGUGUUGGUCGUGGUUGUCAUUUUCUUUGUGCCUAGGAUUUUGUAGCAUACUUCAUGGGAAGGAAGUGCGGGUGUACGAUAUUUACGCACGAGUUGUUGACGUAUCAGAAAUAGAACUAGUGAGCGUAGCGAACGAGUGACAUUUGCGAUACAAGAGCGAGUACGUAGAUACCGUGCAAAGCACUUUCCAUGUAGUAUUGUGUUUAUUCUAUACAUACUGAGACAUUCAUCAUUUUAGCAGCCUUUUUGUUUUACUUUCCAAAAUGCUAAAAUUUGCCGCUAGAUACCGUAAAAUGAGAAAGAAAACGAAACGAAGUAUCAGCUUAAAACUGUAGUAAAGACGUUUGUUAAAAAUGAUAGUUAUUAUGAUAGUGAAUUUAUAUAGCGCUAAAACUAUAAAAUACUAAAAAACGCUUUACAUUAAGUUACAAUUAAAAAAAUUUUUUGUAAGGCUAAUUAUAACAAUAAUAAAAACAUUUCCAUGUUUUAAGAUUCUUUUUAAGAAUGGCGAGGCUGCUACUUGUUUCUAUAGUUAAUGGCAGCGAGUUAAAUAAAACAGGUGCAGCAUGAGCAAAGGCCCGAUCCCCAAGUGUAGAGCAGCUGACUUUUGGAAAGAACAGAAGAGAUUGUGCAGACGAGCGAAGAGCAUAAUUAGCAGCUGGUUUCAGAGACAAAAGAUCUUUAAUGUAGAGUCGACUUUGGUUCUCUAGCGACUUGUAAACAAAAAGGAACAAUUUGAAUUGAACUCUGAACGUUACUGGGAGCCAAUGUAGGUCGAUAAGUGCGGGUGUGAUAUGAUCAAAUUUAGGCAUCUGAAAAAUUACCCUAGCUGCGGUAUCCUGAACUUUCUGUAAACGAUCAAGUUGAUAUUUAGGUAGACCAAAAGGGAGUACGUUACAGUAAUCAAGGUGCAAAGAUACAUCAAGGCAGGACUUCACUAGCCAUCUAGGAACAGGAUCCAACCAACGAGAGGCGUUGGAGGAUUCUCGAACAAUCUUACACACUUCUUCCAUGGAUAGCGCGGACAAACUCUCCAGGUUCUCCUUAGUAGUAACAGAAGCAAGUCGAGGUUCUUGAACUUGUAACUUGUAAAGAUUUUCCUUUAUGUUUUCAAUUUUUUUGGGAAGAGAAGUGCCAAAUUCGUUAGCUAGCUUUGUGGGGUCUUCGUGCUCUGGGGGAGCCGUCUUAAGUGGUUCCCUGGACAAGGAAUUAACCACACGAAAUAGCUUGCGGGAGUCACCCACACACUGAUCAAUUAGACUAAUAAUUCACACUUAAAGCUUUAAGAAGUGCAGAGUACUGAUUACGAACUCUUUGGCAAUUAUUUCAGUCACCACGGAGGUCAGUUUUCACGGCUUUCUUUUCAAGGCGGCGAUGUUUACGCUUGAGUUGUUUAAUGUCAUCACUAAACCAUGGGACCUUUGGACGAUUAAUUAUAGUCCUUGUUUUAAGCGGGGCAUGCUUGUCCAGGAUGUCAGUAAGGGUCGUGUUAAAGCAGUCGGAGAGUGCAUCAAUUUUGUCCCAGUGUGCGCCUGCAGAAAGCAUAGAAGAGCCAAUAUCAGCUGAGAACGCGGCAAUAUCGAUUUUUUUGAAUUUACGAAAAGUUAGUUCUUUGCAUGACAAAGCUGGUCGUGGGAAGCCAACAGGAGACUGAAUAAUAAAAUGAUCGGAAAUGGAAAGAGUAGUUUUAGGAGAAGCAAGAACAACAUCAUCUGACGAAGGAGUAAUAAUUAAAUCCUGGGUAUGAUCCGAUAAAUGGGUCGGGCCCGAAACGUGUUGCGAAAGACUAAACGUUUCCGGUAAAUCCAUAAAUUUCUUGGUGUCAUUGUCACGGAGGUCAUCUAAAUGAAGGUUGAAGUCUCCAGAGAUAACAAGAACCUCGGGGCACAUAACAACAUUCUCUAAAAACUGAAGGAAUUCAUCAAAGAAAACAGAGGCAGAAACAGGAUGUAUCGAAGAAUAUGGAGAUCGAUACACUAUCACAUGAAGAGUAAUCGUGCACUUUAACAAUCCUCUCAGAAAAUUCGAAGGACUUGUUUUCCUUCCCAUGCACUAAUGAAACGUUGACAGAGUCUCUAGGCAGAGUUCUAGUUCCACCACCACGGUUUUGUGAUUGUCUCGAAAAUUCUUGAAGAAAUAACCAGCCACAGAUAACUGAGCAAUACUGGCAGAAUAAGCGUCAUUUAAGUGUCAUUGUCUGAGAAAGUGUUCCAGGGGCCAAAAGUUGUGGUCAACCGAUUUGGCUGAAACUUGGCACAGAAGUUGGGUAUAAUGAGAUAUUUCAAAAGCCACUUUGGCUCACUUCUCUGAGUUUUAGUUUUGGAGUUACAGGGGGGGUCUCAUUUUUUGCCCUUUGGGCACCAAAAAUCCAGCCUUCCAGGGGGUAUUUUCAAAGUGUGAUAAGACCCCACUGGUAAAUUGUGCUGCCAAAUGAAUUUGACCAUGAACUCUACUAUAACAGAGCUUUCAGUUCAUGCAUGUAACUUUGUCCUCAAGGUAUUGUACCGAGAGGAGCCUGGGGCUAGAGUUUGGCCAAAAUUGAUGUUAAAACUACAAUCCAAAAUAGCCAUUUUUCAAAAUUUCACUAUAUUCACCUGCCGUCUUGCAUAACUUCCAAACCUAUACCACUGUUUACUUUAGUCACCCAGUUAUAAAAAUCAGUUGAGAAAAAGUUUGGCUUAUUAUAGUUUAUUGAAUGUUUGGAACAAACACUUCAUGCCCCUCUAAGGCGAUGCAAAAUGGAAUUUUGAGCCUCAUUCAGGCCAUAAAUAAACCAAAUUGUUGACAAGAAGCCCUUAUUCUGUAUUUGGUAAGUGAAAAUGAAUUGUCAAAGCCAAAUCAGUUUCGUUGUUUAGAAAUAACACCGAUUCUUACCUUAAAAUUGAUCUAAAACGGGCCUGAUCUGAUUAGCGCAACAAACACGUAAUUUAGCAAAUCAAAGGUGAUUUUCUUCUUUGAAAACGUAGUAACCACCAUAGAACACAAAUGAUUAUGUUCUGAUGUACAUAUAACAAUCUUUUUACAAGAUGCUUAAAUUUUUCUUUGAUUUGUAGUCAGUUUCACGUCAUAUUUCCAAGCAUUACUCCAAGCAUGGAAAGUCUCCAUAUUUUGUCAGGCCCAUUUUUUAUAUUUUUACCAGAUAAAUUUAGCUUAUCAAAAGGUUCGUUAACAUAUAAUCUUCGUCUGACCUUGUAAUAGCCUGAAUAGUUGUUUUAAAUACACAUCAUCAGCAAAGGAGCAUGACCAUACAUACGUAGAUUACACAGACAUAUACGAGCUUCAGUGAGCAGUAUCGAGGUGAACUGUGAUUUUCCGAGUCCUUUAGAGCUGAAAAAAUGAAACAAAAAGCUUGUUUUGCUUUUAUAAAGAAAAUAACCCAAACAAAGCCUUGCAUUGAGAUGAUGCACUUGUUAUUACAUCAAGUGAGCUGGCCCGUCAUUUUGGACUUGAAGAGUGUGGGGACUGGACCGAGUUCCGGUCCAAUCCUUGUCCCGUUUCGCGGGAAUUUUUUCUGUUUAUCAUCAGGUGUGUUCGAAAUUCUAGAAAGCGAUCUGUUUCAGGAUAAUUUUUCGAUGGCACUUUAUUCCUUUGGAGGGGUAAAUGACCAGUGCAGUGUCACGUCAUGGGCUGUGCAAGAAACAGGAAUGCUUCCUUUGUUGUCUUGCGAUAGUGACAUGAUUGCAUGGUUAAAGCACAAGUAGAAGGGUUCAGGUGUGUCCGGGUAAGAAGAGGAAGAACUGGUGAUGCCAAACAAAGCUACAGGUGAUUCAAAAUAUCAGUUAGGGAUCAUAUACGCUCACAAAUGGCAUUUAUCGUGAUCUAGGGGACUCUUCUGACUGAAGAGAGAUUUAGAGACGACGAUAUGUAAUUUACGAUAUUGUCGUCUCAAAUUGUUUGUUUAUGGUUGAUUGAUUCCCAUGUUAAUAUCCUGGGCCCUUAGGAAGAGCACUAAACAUUCAGAAUAACUUGAAGGCUGUUUUUCGUCUGCUCGAGCUGCUUGUUUACAUUAAUCUUGUCACGUGCACACGCUUAUCAUGCAAUAUACAAUUCAGUUACCGGUUUCCAUUAUUUACCCUUUUCGUCAAAGAUCUUUACAAACAUGCUGCAUCUAAGUUUUUCGACGAAAUUGACAUUUUCAGGGAGAAAAUGUCACUAAAACGUCGUCGCAAAAUCGACCGAAUUAGUUGAUAUUAUUGGAUUUGCUUGGAAUAAUGCAUAGGCAAUGAACACACAUAUGUCGUACUUGAAUGGAACCUUACUCUGAAUCAAUCUGGAAGAGCACGGAAGAUUUGUGUAUAUUUGUAGAAAAAAUUGUUUCAUUAUUUAAUUAAAAAAUUAUUUAAAAUAAUAUUAACUAUUCAAUUAAAAGAAUAAUGAAAAAAUAUACCUAAAUAAGAGUGUUAUCUGCUAAAACUCUCUAAAAUUCACCACAAAAACUCAUAGAAUUUUUAUUCUUUUUUGAUAGCGAGGGCCUCUUUUGGUGAAUAACCGCCGAUUAGUUGUAGUGUAGAUGACUCUGAAAACUGCUGAUUUGUUGUGCUCAGUGAACAGUACUCUAGACACUGUUGUAGCAUGUGGGUGGACUGAGCUGUCUCUUGGUUGGUAGGAAUACAGAAAAAUAAAAACGUUUUUUCAACGUUUCUGCCUGUGAAAUGUUGCUGUUCAGUAUUCUCCUAUAUAUACUGCUAUUUAAGUUCUAGUAUUUGUCAAUUUUUUUCUAAUAUUCUUGAGAUUUUCUAAAAUUCUUUUUCGUGUCUAAAAUUCCCAAAACAAUUCCUGCAGAAUUAUGUAGCUAAGCCUAUUCUAAGUUGACUUGUCUUCGACGAAACAGGCAAAUAAAGGAGACCGGUGGAGUUUCAAUGCAAGCUGGCUCGAAUUGUGCAUUGCCAAACGUGACAAACUGAAUGUAAACAAACAGCUUGAGCAGACAAAAAACAGCCUUCAAGUUGUUUCUAUUAUUGUUAUUGUUAUUAUUGUUAUUGUUAUUUAUCCUGAUGAGUUUGUUGAAUGUUUAGUGCUCUUCGUAAGGACCCAGGAAAUUAACAUGUGAAUCAAUAAACUAUGUGAACAAACAAUUUGAGACGACAACAUCGUAAAUUAUAUAUCAUUGUCUUUCUUCAAGCAAAAUAGUCCCGUAAACUGCGAUAAAAAUCACUUGUGCUCGUGAAUGAUCCCUAACUGAUCUUUUGCAUCACCUGUAGCUUUGGCAUCACCAGUUCUUCCUCUUCUUACCCGGACACACCUGAAUCCUUCUACUUGUGCUUUAACCAUGCAGUCAUGUCACUAUCGCAAGACAACAAAGGAAGCAUUCCUGUUUCUUGCACAGCCCAUGACGUGACACUGCACUGGUCAUUUACCCCUCCAAAGGAAUAAAGUGCCAUCGAAAAAUUAUCCUGAAACAGAUUGCUUUCUAGAAUUUCGAACACACCUGAUGAUAAACAGAAAAAAUUCCCGCGAAACGGGACAAGGAUUGGACGGGAACUCGGUCCAGUCCCCACACUCUUCAAGUCCAAAAUGACGGGCCAGCUAACUUGAUGUAAUAACAAGUGCAUCAUCUCAAUGCAAGGCUUUGUUUGGGUUAUUUUCUUUAUAAAAGCAAAACAAACUUUUUGUUAUCCAGCUCUCCUAACCGUGGAUGGAUGGUUUCAUUUUUCAGCUCUAAAGGACUCGGAAAAUCACAUCCUCGGAGAUCCAGGGGCAGAUAGUGGGGACGAGGGGAAGUCUAAACAGGCGGAAAAAUAUGGCACAAAAGAAAAGUAAAGAACGGCCAGAAGAGCCCCUGGGGACAAUGUCUUACCAGACCAGUGCCAAACGGUCGCCGCCGUUCUGGCUUCUGAUUGGUGCCAGAAAAACACAAGUUUUCUGGCACCAAUCAGAAGCCAGAACGGCGGCGACCGUUUGGAACUGGUCUGGUAAGACAUUGUCCCCAGGGGCUCUUCUCGACGUUCUUUACUUUUCUUCGAGCCCAAUUUUUCCGCCCGUUUAGACUUUCCCUCGCCCCCACUAUCUGCCCCUAGGUCUCCGAGGAUGGGAAAAUCACAGUUCACCUCGAUACUGCUCACUGAAGCUCGUAUAUGUCUGUGUAAUCUACGUAUGUAUGGUCAUGCUCCUUUGCUGAUGGGUAUUUAAAACAACUAUUCAGGCUAUUACAAGGUCAGACGAAGAUUACAUGUUAACGAACCUUUUGAUAAGCUAAAUUUAUUUGGUAAAAAUAUAAAUAAUGGGCCUGACAAAAUAUGGAGACUUUCCAUGUUUGGAGUAAUGCUUGGAAAUAUGACGUGAAACUGAUUGUAAAUCAAAGAAAAAUUUAAGCAUCUUGUAAAAAGAUUGUUAUAUGUACAUCAGAACAUCAUCAUUUGUGUUCUAUGGUGGUUACUACGUUUUCAAAGAAGAAAAUCACCUUUGAUUUGCUAAAUUGCGUGUUUGUUGCGCUGAUCAGAGGCCCGUUUUAGAUCAAUUUUAAGGUAAGAAUCGGUGUUAUUUCUAAACAACGAAACUGAUUUGGCUUUGACAAUUCAUUUUCACUUACCAAAUACAGAAUAAGAGCUUCUUGUCAAAAAUUUGGUUUAUUUAUGGCCUGAAUUAGGCUCAAAAUUCCAUUUUGCAUCGCCUUAGAGGGGCAUGAAGUGUUUGUUCCAAAAAUUCAAUAAACCAUAAUAAGCCAAACUUUUUCUCAACUGAUUGUUAUAACUGGGUGACUAAAGUAAACAGUGGUAUAGGUUUGGAAGUUAUGCAAGACGGCAGGUGAAUAUAGUGAAAUUUUGAAAAAUGGCUAUUUUGGGUUGUAGUUUUAACAUCAAUUUUGGCCAAACUCUAGCCCCAGGCUCCUCUCGGUACAAUACCUUGAGGACAAAGUUACAUGCAUGAACUGAAAGCUCUAUUAUAGUAGAGUUCAUGGUCAAAUUCAUUUGGCAGCACAAUUUACCAGUGGGGUCUUAUCACACUUUCAAAAUGCCCCCUGGAAGGCUGGAUUUUUGGUGCUCAAAGGGCAAAAAAUGAGAUCCCCCCUGUAACUCCAAAACUAAAACUCAGAGAAGUGAGCCAAAGUGGCUUUUGAAAUAUCUCAUUAUACCCAACUUCUGUGCCAAGUUUCAGCCAAAUCGGUUGACCACAACUUUUGGCCCCUGGAACACUUUCUCAGACAAUGACACUUAAGCAGGUCUCGGUAACGCUGCAGGAGCCGAUGUCAUUUUCAACGACGUGGUCAGUGAUGCUCUCGAUCUCCCUUGACAAUAUCGCUUUGGCGAAUUUUGUUGGACAUCAGCUCCGCAGUUAAGAUAAGGAGGAAUGGGCCAUCCUUGCCUCUACUAGGUUUAAUGCAUUUUGAAGCAUAACCUUUAUUAAGAACUGUGUUUUCUAUGUUUCUGUAAAAGGUUUGGAUCCACCUUCUAAAGCUCUCACCAAAGUUAUGCAGGUCUAACGCCCUGUGUAUACUUGACCACUCUUACUAGACUCUUAAAGAAAGGCCACCUCUUUAAGAGAUAUGGAGACUUGGAGAUUAUUAUAGUUUGAAAUUCUUUGAAAACUUGCCCAAAAUUUACGAGGAAAUUCUUUUAUACUCAAUGAACUCAAGAUACUUUACGACGUCAACGAUCGAGUAUGCAACGAUAUACUUUUCAACAAUAAAGAAAUUCUUAUUGGAGGAAAACUCUUCUUUUUUUACUUUCAAGUUCUGUGCCACAGCCCACAACACGGACGACUGGUCCUUCUUCCUUAAAGCCGCCUGUUGCGCCGCAACCAUCAACGGCUCGGUCAGCGGUAUGUUUUUCGUUUCCAACUCUAUAUUAGAGACCGUUAGAUUCUUGGACAAGAACGACUACGAGUACGAGAUUUAACUUUAAUUUUCUCCAAAAAACAUAGCUCUGUUAUCUUUAUUGAAGGAAGUUCCAGCCGCAAAAUGACAAAACCUCUGACCUCUAACCUCUUGUUUCUACUGCCACGACAUUCUCGCUAAAAUUUUGUGGUAGGAUGACGACGACUAUCACGUUUUCCCGCCAAACUGGCGCUGGCUCAUGGGCACGCACUGCUUAGUGUCGAGAAAAUCUCGUACUCGUAGUCAUACUCGUCAUUGAACCUAACCGCAACAUUGAUCGGAUUGGACUGGCGUGCGUGAACACGUGUUUUGUAACUCGCUAUUCGUGCAAAGGAGAUUGAGAGGUUUUACAACUAAGCGACCAUUUAUUCGAUUGCUACGAGAAACGUGAGGAUUGUCAACCCUUCCUCUCCAGGAGCUAAUCGCGCAAGCAUGAGACUGAAUUCGUAUGAUACUUUUUUUUAUUUUGGCGUAAGGCGACGCCACAGGUUAUCCACAUGAUAUGUACUUGUCUUCUUGAAGGUUUACAUCUACAAAGACCAUUUAGUGUUUUUCUUCUUUUUCAAAUUUACAGUCAGGCGCUGCAGUGGAACGUCAGAAAAAGACUCAGGAUACAGUCAAUCGAGCUGA